UGUUUUAAAGACUUUUAGACAAGAGAUACUCCGCUGCUUUCAAGAGGCUUGUCAUUUCAGUUUUUGAACAUCUUUGGACAUUUGAUCUCCACGACAUUUCACCAACUGGAUCCUAUCUUCCGAACCUAAUGAACACGAUAAUAGUUAACAGAAAACACACCGCACUCAGGUGUUCAGCAAGAUAAGAACUACAGUCAAACCUGGAACGUAUACGAAAGCUAUAGCGCGAGGAGCACCGUUGCAGUGGAUUCUGUUGCUCAUUCUUUUGAUGACUUUUGGAAGUGAACCUAGAGUUCUUUGAGUGGAGCUUUCACCAUCAGUAACUCCGAGACCAUCUCUCUGUGACUGUUAGCUGACACACCAUGCAGUUGGACGGUCUCCGGGCGGUCCGAACUCUUUUGGUUCUGUUUGCAGUUUCCCUGGGGUCAGAGAGUGACCCGCAGUCUGCCCCACGAGUUUACCUCUCCUUUAAAGAGCUAAAAUCCACCGGUACAGCCCACCACUUCUCCUUUCUUCUCAACACGUCGGACUACCGCAUCCUGCGUAUGGAUGAGGACCACGAUCGCAUGUACGUCGGGAGCAAGGACUACAUCCUCUCCCUGGACCUUCACGACAUCAACAGGGAACCGCUCAUCAUUCACUGGCCUGUUUCCCAGCAGAGGAAAACCGAGUGUGUUUUAAGUGGCAAGGACACCAACGGAGAGUGCGGAAAUUUUAUCCGUCUGAUUGAACCUUGGAACAGGACUCACCUGUACGUCUGUGGAACAGGAGCUUACAACCCCGUGUGUACCUAUGUCAACCGAGGACGCAAACCUAUGACGGCCAUGCACCUGCAGACGCCCCAGACCAGAGGGAGGGCUAACCGAGCGGCAGAACCCGAAAUGGUUGCUGAUGAGACCGGAAUGCAGGAAUAUAUAUUCCAUUUGGAACCAGGCAGAGAGGACUCUGGGAAAGGAAAAUGCUCCUAUGACCCCAAGCUGAACAGCGUCUCUGCUUUGAUCAAUGGCGAGUUGUAUGCUGGGGUCUAUAUUGAUUUUAUGGGGACGGACUCGGCUAUUUUCCGCACGCUGGGAAAACAGACUGCCAUGCGAACAGACCAGUAUAACUCCAGAUGGUUGAAUGACCCUACAUUUAUCCACGUUCACCUCAUUCCUGAUAGUGCCGAGAAAAAUGACGACAAACUCUACUUUUUCUUCCGUGAGAAGUCCUCAGAGAUGGGUCAAAGUCCUAAAUCCCAAUCUAGGAUUGGUCGCAUCUGUCUGAACGAUGACGGAGGCCACUGCUGCCUCGUCAACAAAUGGAGCACGUUCCUGAAGGCUCGGCUCAUCUGCUCCGUCCCCGGGGCCGACGGGAUCGAGACGCAUUUCGACGAGCUCCGAGAUGUGUACAUACAGCCGACACAGGACACCAAGAACCCUGUCAUCUAUGGGGUCUUCUCCGUCUCGGGGUCUGUUUUCAAAGGUUCAGCGGUUUGUGUCUACUCCAUGGCGGACAUCCGAAUGGUAUUCAAUGGACCUUUUGCCCACAAGGAGGGGCCCAACUACCAGUGGGUGGCCUAUACUGGCAAAAUCCCCUACCCACGACCGGGAACGUGUCCUGGAGGAACUUUCACUCCCAACAUGAAGUCCACCAAGGACUACCCAGAUGAGGUUAUCAACUUCAUGCGUAAUCACCCCACCAUGUAUAAUGCCGUGUAUCCAGUGCACAAGCGCCCCUUGGUGGUAAGGACCAACGUAGACUACGAGUUCACCACCAUCACCGUGGACCAGGUCACCGCAGCCGACGGCAACUAUGAGGUGCUCUUCUUGGGGACAGAUAAAGGAACCGUUCAGAAAGUUAUAGUCCUACCCAGAGAUGACUUGCAAACGGAGGAGCUGGUCCUGGAGGAGGUCGAGGUGUUUAAGGUCCCGACUCCCAUUACCACGAUGAAGAUUUCAUCCAAGCGGCAACAGUUGUAUGUCGCGUCGGCGGUGGGCGUCACCCAUCUGGCCUUGCACCGUUGCGAUGUUUAUGGGGAGGCGUGCGCUGACUGCUGCCUGGCUAGAGACCCCUACUGUGCCUGGGAUGGCAAGUCCUGUUCACGCUACUCGGCCUCUCAGAAGAGACGAAGCAGAAGACAGGACGUGAAGUAUGGGAACCCAAUUCGUCAAUGCAGAGGUUACAACUCCAAUGCCAAUAAGAACACGCUGGAGACAGUGCAAUAUGGGGUGGAGAGCAGCAGCACGUUUCUGGAGUGUCAGGCCAGGUCUCCUCACGCGUCAAUCAAAUGGCACCUACACAGGGACAACAGUGACAGGAGGCGGGAGGUGCGCUCUGAUGGCCGUGUACUGAAGACCGACCAGGGUUUGCUGCUCCGCUCUCUGCAGACCUCAGAUUCCGGUGUAUAUGUCUGCACGGCCACUGAGAAGAACUUCAAACACAUUCUGGUCAAGCUGCAGUUAGUGGUGCUCUCCAGCCAAGCCGUGAACAACGUCCUGGUGGAGACGGGAAGACCUGCAAACUCUCAGCUGCAGUCCAGCGCUUGGACACCCAGUGCUGGCCAAUACAAAGACCUCUUGACCAUCCUCAGCCAACCAGAGAUGGGUCUCAUCAAUCAAUACUGCCAAGACUACUGGCAGCUAGGGGACCCACUGCUGGGGAACAUCAAGGCUAAAGACCUGAAGGAACUGAAGGAGCAAAAGAAACCACGGAACCGUCGGCAUCACGACGGGGAAACAGAGGAGGUUGAGACAUGAGGAGUUCAGUGAAUCCUCAGUACCCUGACAGCAUCCCAGGGAACACGGGAAAGACUCAAAAGAGGAGAAAAAAAAGAUAAAAAUGAAAAAAAAAAAGAAAAAAUCAACAUGGUCAACUUCCAGUGCGCUAAACAGAACUUCAGAAGCAAAAAAAAAAAAAGAAUUAAAAAAAAAAACAAAUAAAUAAGCAAACAGAUGUCCCUUUUAACAAGUAAAUUGA